UUAGAAAAUAACAAAGCGAAAUAAAUUCGCUGCACAUUUUGACUAUCGCAUCAACCAAAGUGCCUAAACGUGUAAUAGUGUAAUUGAUACUCUUUUUGUUAUUUUGAAUGAGCGGAUUAUUUCUGUAAUGUGAUUUCUGGAGUGACGUGUGCAUGAUUUAGCGUCUUGGAUUUCCUGAGAUACGCCUGGUCGAAAUAUAAAUUUAUAAUGGAGGCGAAGUGCAGUGGUGGGUCGCAGGAUGCCGAUCGCGCCGCGCGGCCCGCCGCCUCAGACGCCGCCCUACCUCCUGCUCCAUAGGAGACCUAGCUUAACCCUCAAGUGUCCUUCGAUAAUAUAACGUCUAACUUUUUAUACGCCUCUUUUAUACCGACCUUUAAGUAUAAGCCCGCAGUGUUAGUGUUAAGUGUCGCGCGCGAGUGUGAGUGUAUAUGUGUGUCGAUGGUGCGGCCGACAUGGGAAAGUCCUCGGCGAGAACACAUGGCCAAGAGAACGAUCGGAGAAUCAAAGCGAACAACAGGGAGUACAACGCUCAGUUCCGCUAUGCCAAUAAUUACAUCAAAACAUCAAAGUACUCUAUAAUAACGUUCCUGCCGCUGAACUUGCUGGAGCAGUUCCAGCGGCUGGCCAACUUUUACUUCCUAUGCCUGCUGGUGCUGCAGCUGAUCCCGGCCAUCUCGUCGCUGACUCCUAUCACCACCGCUAUCCCACUUAUCGGAGUGUUGGCACUCACCGCCGUUAAAGACGCCUACGACGACUUCCAACGGCAUCAAAACGACUCUCAAGUGAACCACCGGCGCGCGAAGACCUUGCGUAAUUUGAAGCUGGUGGAGGAAAAGUGGGCGUCUGUUCAAGUGGGAGACGUCAUCCGGUUAGAGAAUGAUCAGUUUGUUGCUGCGGACAUUCUGCUUCUCAGCAGUUCAGAGCCCAAUGGACUCUGCUACAUUGAGACUGCAGAGUUGGACGGAGAGACGAAUCUGAAAUGUCGGCAGUGCCUUUCGGAGACGGCCGCGAUGGGCCAGGACGACGCACAACUGGGUGCCUUCGAUGGCGAGAUCGUCUGUGAAAAGCCCAAUAAUUUACUUAAUAAGUUCGAAGGCACGUUAAGCUGGCGUGAACAACACUUCUCGCUGGACAACGACAAGAUCUUGUUGAGGGGCUGCGUGCUGCGCAACACGUCGUGGUGCUACGGCGUCGUCGUUUUUGCCGGAAAGGACACCAAGCUUAUGCAGAACUCCGGGAAAACCAAGUUUAAGCGCACCAGCAUAGAUAGACUACUUAAUUUUCUUAUAAUAGGGAUAGUAUUUUUCCUGCUGUCGAUGUGCGUGUUCUGCACUGUGGCGUGUGGCGUGUGGGAGUGGCUCGUGGGCCAGUACUUCCAGAGCUACCUGCCGUGGGACACGCUGGUGCCCAGCGAGCCCGUACCUGGCGCCAUCGUGAUCGCCUUUCUCGUCUUCUUUUCCUACGCCAUCGUUAUGAACACUGUUGUGCCUAUAUCGCUUUAUGUCUCUGUUGAAGUAAUAAGAUUUGCGCAGAGUUUCCUCAUAAACUGGGACGAGAAGAUGUAUUACGAAAAGACUGGUACUGCCGCUAAAGCGAGGACAACCACGUUGAAUGAGGAACUAGGUCAAAUCCAGUACAUAUUCUCGGACAAAACGGGCACGUUAACACAGAACAUUAUGACUUUCAACAAAUGCUCGAUAGCGGGCGUGUCCUACGGCGAUGUCGUAGACGAGAACACGGGCGAAACCAUCGAACUCACUGACAGCACAGAGCCGCUUGACUUCUCGUUCAACCCUGAGUAUGAGCCAGAAUUCAAGUUCUUCGACGGAUCAUUGCUUGCUGCGGUGAAGAGGGGAGACCAGGAGGUUCACGACUUCUUUCGGUUGCUCGCACUCUGUCACACCGUCAUGCCUGAGCAGAAGAAUGGACGGCUAGAGUACCAGGCGCAGUCUCCUGAUGAGUCUGCACUGGUAUCGGCCGCCAGAAACUUCGGCUUUGUGUUCAGAGGACGGUCGCCUAAUAGUAUUACUAUAGAAGUUAUGGGAGAAAAGGAGGAGUAUGAGUUGUUAUGUAUAUUAGAUUUUAAUAAUGUUAGGAAAAGAAUGUCCGUGAUAUUGAGGAAGGAUGGUGAAAUUAGGUUAUAUACAAAAGGUGCUGAUAAUGUAAUAUACGACAGAUUAAAACCUGGAAACCAGGCGGAUAUCAGAUCUAAGACGCAGGAGCAUUUAAAUAAAUUUGCGGGCGAAGGCCUUCGCACAUUGGCGCUGGCGUGGCGGCCGCUUGACGAGCGAGGUUUCACGGAGUGGAAACGGCGGCACCAACAGGCCGCGCUUUCUAUGGACGACCGCGAUGAGAAGCUGGAUGCCAUCUAUGAGGAGAUCGAGAAGGACUUGCUGCUCCUAGGUGUAACAGCGAUAGAAGACAAAUUACAAGAUGGAGUGCCGGAAACCAUAGCAAACCUUAGUAUGGCAGGAAUUAAGAUCUGGGUUCUGACAGGUGACAAACAAGAAACAGCAAUAAACAUUGGCUACUCGUGUCAGCUGCUAACAGACGAUAUGGCCGAGGUGUUCGUGAUUGACGGCACCUCGUACGACGACGUUGACAGCCAGCUCAGCAAGUGCCGCGACGGUAUAAGAGUCGUCAACACGUUUUUGCCGCAUGGUCAUUCGGACCCGAAGCCACAAAACGACACUGCGAACGGCGGCAGCGUCGUCACGCGACCAUCGCCCGGCCGAUCUGCAAACGUGAAACUCAAUGCGCCCGCGGUAUCGGUCGUCACAUUUAGGUGGGAAAAUAACACAAUGCACCACAGCAAUGAGUACGUGUCAGGCGGUGGACCGUACUCGGCGGAGUCUCACGAACACACCAACGACGAUUCUAAUGGAUUUGCUAUAGUCGUCAAUGGACAUUCGCUUGUGCACUGCUUGCAUCCGAAACUUGAGGAAAAGUUCUUAGACGUGGUGCUGCAGUGCCGGUCGGUAAUCUGCUGUCGCGUGACGCCGUUGCAAAAAGCGAUGGUGGUAGAACUCAUAAAGAAGAGCCGGAAGGCCGUCACUCUGGCCAUCGGCGACGGAGCUAAUGAUGUCUCGAUGAUUAAGGCGGCACACAUAGGCGUAGGUAUAUCAGGGCAAGAAGGCAUGCAAGCAGUACUAUCAUCGGACUACUCGAUAGCACAAUUCCGGUUCCUACAGCGGUUGCUACUUGUCCACGGCCGGUGGUCCUACUACCGCAUGUGCAAAUUCCUGCGAUACUUCUUCUAUAAGAACUUCGCUUUUACCGUCUGCCAUUUUUGGUUCGCGUUCUUCUGUGGAUUUAGUGCACAGACGGUAUUCGACGAGAUGUUUAUCUCGGUGUACAACCUGUUCUACACGUCUCUGCCGGUCCUCGCCCUCGGCGUGUUCGAGCAGGACGUGUCCGACGCGACGUCAUUGCAAUUCCCGAAGCUGUACGCCCCGGGACACACAAGCCAGCUCUUCAAUAAGACCGAGUUCAUUAAGUCCACUUUGCAUGGAUGUUUUACGUCACUCGUGCUGUUCCUUAUACCAUAUGGUACUUACAAAGAUGGUCUGGCGCCGGACGGCAAGAUCCUGUCCGACCACAUGCUAUUAGGCAGCGUAGUUGCUACUAUACUAAUUAUUGACAAUACUACACAAAUUGCACUCGACACGACGUACUGGACGGUGUUCAACCAUAUCACGAUCUGGGGCUCCCUCGUUUCCUACUUCGUGUUAGAUUACUUCUAUAACUACGUGAUCGGCGGCCCCUAUGUCGGAUCGCUCACAGUUGCGCUUACGCAGGCUACGUUUUGGUUUACUGCUGUGCUCACGAUGAUAAUCCUGAUGCUGCCGGUGGUGUCGUGGCGGCUGGCGUGUUCGUGGAUGCGGCCGACGCUGGCCGAGCGCCUGCGCGCGUCGCUGCGCCGCCGCGCCGCGCACCCGCAGCCGCGCACGCCCUCCACCAAGCGCGCGCGACGCAGGUCGGUGCGGUCCGGUUAUGCAUUCGCGCACCAGGAGGGCUUCGGCCGGCUGAUUACCUCGGGCAAGAUCAUGAAACGUAUCCCGCAUAUGGACGCGGCAGUCUCCGCACUGGCAGCUCUGCCGGGAAAAUUCCAACAGCGGCCUGCUACGCCUCCAGCGUUCGAAACCUCGCCGCCAUCACCGCCUUCGCCUCCGUCGCCACGAGCCCCAAAGCAGGACCUGGGUUCCGUGGAAUUAUGAGCAGCGUCGGUCUCCUUUCGGUUGGAUGUCGCUACGGCGCAAACACAGGCACUGCCGCGUCUGCAUUGACGUUGCACCCUAAUGGUGUUCGAGCCGUCGUCCAGUACCCGUUGGUAUACGGUUUACGUUGUAAGUGAUGCACGUCUGGGCGUUCGGGCCGUGCGGUUGGCGACCACGAUCUCUGGGUCCGCCGCGAUUGAGGCCCCAGCCCAAUCGGCCCAGUCGGCGGACCCUCUCGCUUUUGUACUUAUUCCUAAGACUUGUAGAGUAGCCGCGCCCCGCCGGCCCGACCGCUCUGUGAACAAACGGACUGCAUCUCCAUUAUCGUAGUUAUCUUUCUUAAAAAGACGAAUUGUACAAUAUAAGAUCGAGUUUGUAAAUACUUAAAGAAUUACAAACGAACCAUAAAUUUAUUAAAGACGGCAUAAUGUCGUCGGAAACUCAUAAUGUGAUAAUGUUAAUAGAUUUAAAAAUUCGUAUUAUUGCCUAUAUUAAAUUAUAUUUGUUGAUCGAGAAUAUAUAUUGAUAGAUAUUUAUUAUGGUACAUACUAAGAUUACUCUUUUAUAUCGGAAAGCGUAGUUAUUUCGUAAUGUUCCUUUACAUGUGUAGUGACAAAGUAGUUCCGUUACACGAGAGCACUGCCGUUUGGUACUGUUUUAGUUGAAGACGAUAUUGUAUCACUCACUUGGAAAAAGAGAUUACAGUAUUGAUGAAAAUCAAAACUUCAAUUUGUUACCGAAAUCAUGACUUAAAGCUUCUAAUUCCGAUCCGCCCAUGAUCAUAUUGUUAUUUCUUAUUUUGGUUACUCUUUUAAACUGUGUUUUUACUUGCUUUUUGAUUGUCGUCUGUGUCCGAGGCCCUAGUUAAAAUGUGCAUUUAAACUUGAUUGUGUGGUUCGCAAGCAGUUGAAUUGCGUUUACGUGUCGCAAUUUUAUCUUGACCAUACUGAAUGCGAGGCUUGUAGGAAUGUCGUAUUUUGCUCUCGAAUAGUUCACUAUAAUUUUGCACUUGAUUUUUGUUUAGUAUGGUACAGAUAAUAGUUGGAAUAAACGAUAUUUCAUGAAGCACUUUGCGUCAUAUCUUUUUUUUUAAAUAUUUUUUCUAGCAUAAGGCAAUUUUUUCGGAUCUAAAUUGGGUUUUCGGUCGAAGUUUCGGUGCGUGGGAUAUGGAGUAAAGCCGUGACCAUGGGACCUGUAAAGAGCCCGAAAUAUUGGUUUGUUUGAAAAAGCAAAUCUGCGCUAUUUAGAUCUGAAAAAAUUGUGUCAUUACCUAUGUGUAUAACCUAAGAACUCAAUAUUUUUUCAUCCUUCCUCAAAAAAAUUGAAUACACUGCCGCCAGUUUUUGGUUUUUCCGAAAACUACAAUUUAAAUCUGUUUAAGGCUAGAGUGAAUAGGCAUGUAGACAGAUAAACGCAUAACAAAGGACGUCUGCCACAUGUCGCUUAAUAUCAGGUGGGAAUGUGGUCAUGCCCUACAUUAAAAAAAAUAUUCUGUAAUUGCAUCAAUGCCAAAGGUAACGGCUAAAGGUCGUAUCAUUUGCAAAUUACUGUAAUAUGUGGAAUGUAUGACAGUUGAACUCGAUGAUCUCGAAUUUCAAAAUAAUACAAUAAGAAACAUAACAGGAAAUUUUAGUUAGAGAGCAAUUUUCAUCACCUUAUGGUAAGGGACAUCCGCUCCAAUCAUUUUAAGGUGCCUAUAGAUUUACUCGAUAUUUUGGAAAAUCGAGUAAACGUGUAAGCGACAGACGAUCGACAACGUAUUUUUUGUGGGUG